CCAACAAAGAAUGCGAAUAGCUCAUUCUCGGUUACAUCCUUGCUGUUCUCUGACAAACCAAAGUUGGGUCCGUCCCUACUUCUUUAUAUUCUCCUGUCCUGAAGCUACAACUUUUCAGGAACGAAAGGGUCAGAGAGAGAGAGAGAGAGAGAGAGAGAGAGAGAUGGCAGGAAUUGCAGGGACUUGCUCUGCUGGUCUGCUGUUUAAGGGCAGGGAGUCAGGGGCCAAUGGGGCUGCUUCUUUGGUGCAGUACAAUGGGCUUAGGCGAGUGGAGAAUGUGCUUGUGGCUCCUCCUAGGAAAAAGCUUGCUGGGGUUAUUUCUGCUUCAGCUCACAAGUGUGGAAAAAUCAAGGCCAUGGCCUCUCCGGCUGGAUCAGCUCCCAAGCGAGAAAAGGAUCCCAAGAAGCGCAUCGUCAUAACAGGAAUGGGUCUCGUCUCGGUUUUUGGCAAUGACAUCGAUACCUUCUACAACAAGCUCCUCGAAGGAGAGAGCGGGAUCAGCUUGAUUGACAGGUUCGAUGCCUCGAGCUUCUCUGUGAGGUUCGCGGGCCAAAUACGCGAUUUCUCCUCCAAGGGCUACAUUGAUGGUAAGAACGACCGCCGCCUCGACGACUGCUGGAGGUACUGCAUAGUUGCUGGAAAACGAGCCCUUGAAGAUGCCAACCUCGGAUCCGAGGUCCUUGACACUAUGGACAAGACAAGAAUCGGGGUUCUGGUGGGUACAGGAAUGGGAGGGAUAAGCGUGUUCAGCAAUGGAGUGGAAGCGCUUGUCCAGAAGGGAUACAAGAAAAUCACCCCGUUUUUCAUCCCUUAUUCCAUCACCAACAUGGGCUCGGCCCUUUUGGCUAUUGAUACCGGACUCAUGGGGCCGAACUACUCCAUCUCGACCGCCUGCGCGACCGCAAACUACUGCUUUUGUGCAGCGGCAAACCACAUCAGAAGAGGCGAAGCAGACAUCAUGGUGGUCGGAGGGACAGAAGCUGCGGUCAUGCCCACCGGUGUUGGAGGAUUCAUAGCCUGCAGGGCUCUAUCUCAAAGAAAUGAGGACCCCAAGAGAGCUUCAAGGCCUUGGGACACAGGUCGUGAUGGUUUUGUUAUGGGGGAAGGUUCUGGUGUGCUGAUUAUGGAGAGCUUGGAGCACGCGUUGAAACGGGGAGCCAAUAUUAUCGCAGAGUAUUUGGGCGGUGCUGUAACUUGUGAUGCUCAUCACAUGACUGACCCCCGUUCAGAUGGACUUGGAGUUUCGUCGUGCAUCAGCAAGAGUUUAGAAGAUGCCGGUGUCUUCCCUGAGGAGGUGAAUUAUGUGAAUGCUCACGCUACGUCAACCUUAGCUGGGGAUUUGGCCGAGGUUAAUGCCAUUAAGAAGGUCUUUAAGAACACAUCUGAGAUCAAGAUGAAUGGAACUAAGUCGAUGAUCGGACAUGGUCUUGGAGCAUCUGGUGGACUAGAGGCCAUAGCAACCAUAAAAGCAAUCACCACUGGUUGGGUGCAUCCGACAAUCAACCAAGAUAACAUCGAACCUGAUGUAACCAUCGACACUGUCCCGAAUGUGAAGAAACAGCAUGAAGUCAAUGUCGCUAUAUCAAACUCAUUCGGCUUUGGCGGGCACAACUCUGUGGUGGUUUUCGCUCCAUACACACCCUAAACAAAGCACCGGCUGAUCAAUCGGUCAUCCACCAUUCGCUCUCAUCGACGUUCAUGGGAACAUAUUCAUUACCGCAAUAGAGUUGAAAUCAGCAGCUGAAUCAUAUGCAAGCUGCAAGGAGGAAUUAUCGGCAUCAUCUCUUUUAGUACUCCUUUCAAUCCUUCUCCCUUUACCGAGACCAGCUACGAAUUCAAACAUUUUUCAGAGAAUAAGAUACCUCAGUUCAUUUU